UCUCCCAUAAUGAGACACUUUAUAACAGGCCGCCAGCCGCUGGGCUCCAAUGUGCUGACACCGGAGCCGAGGACACCGGCACUCCCGCGCUUCCUUAGGACCGCUACUUCACGCCUCUUUGCCUUUUGAGUGGGAAUACGAGCCCUCUGCUCCGAACUCGUCUGCAAAGAUGCUGCUGCUCCUGCUGGGCAUCGUCCUCCUGCACAUCAUCGCUCUGGUUCUCCUCUUCGUCUCCACCAUCGUCAGCGUGUGGACCUCCAGUGACACCGGGACGUCGGACCUGUGGUCAAACUGCUCCACCAUCAAUGGAGGCUACCGCUGUGACCCCGCCUCCACCGGAGAGUGGAUCCAGGCGGUCCAGGCCCUCAUGAUCCUGUCCAUCAUCUUCAGCUGCCUGUCGCUCUUCCUCUUCUUCUGCCAGCUCUUCACUUUGCAGAAGGGCGGACGCUUCUUUGUCACUGGAACCUUCCAGAUACUCGCCAGCUUGUUCGUGAUGAGCGGCGCCAUCAUCUACACGGUGAUGAGUCCGGACUGGGUGCCCGAGACGGACGUGUUCGGCUACUCCUACAUCCUGGCGUGGGUGGCCUUCCCGCUGGCGCUCAUCAGCGGGCUCAUCUACGUCAUCCUGAGGAAGCGAGAAUGAGCCGCGCCUCCCUCGCCCUCGCCGCCACUCGUCAACGCCCAAAGCAACCAUUACUGUCUCGGUUUGAAGAUGUAUAUAGUAUCUAUGGUUUAAACCUAUUUAUAAUGUAACACUUUUACAUACGUGUACAUAGUUUUUGUGUUGCUCCGUCACGUCGGCUUGGUUAGCUUAAGUGCCUCAGCGUUUGUUUGUAACAUCAUCACACCUCGUUGUGUUGCGUUUUGCCAAAGAUUAACACGAGUAUCUCAAAGUUCAUUAACCAAAAGGUGCAUGUUCAAGAAAAAAAAACAAAAAAAGUGUUUGCGUUAUGAAAAAAAAAGAGUGGUAACAUCCGCGUGUAGCCAGGAUGCAGCAUCGCAUCAUUCGCUCAUUUUUCUGUUUGUUCCAUUUCUUUUUAUUCUCUGUCUUUUUUUCUAUUUCUUCUUUUCAACAAAAAAGAUGGUGCUAUGAUAUUCUAAAUAUG